AUGGGUCAUCUCACCACAGUCGCGACUUCACUCAACCAGUGGGCUUUGGAUUUCGAAGGCAACCUCCGGCGCAUCUUGGAGAGUAUCCGAAUCGCGAAGGAACGAGGAGCGACCUUACGAGUCGGCCCAGAACUUGAGAUCACUGGAUAUGGAUGCAUGGACCAUUUCCUCGAAGGAGAUACAACCCUUCACUCUUGGGAAGUCCUCGCAGCAAUCCUGAAAUCCGAAGAGGCCCAGGAUAUCGUGUGUGACAUUGGCAUGCCAGUGGUGCACAAGAACGUCAUUUACAACUGCCGAAUUAUCAUCCAUAACUCGAAGAUCCUGCUGAUCCGCCCAAAGAUGUGGAUGGCGAACGAUGGGAACUAUCGCGAGCUUAGAUGGUUCACCCCCUGGACGAAGCACAGGCAGGUUGAAGACCACUAUCUUCCACGGAUGAUACACGGUAUCACGGGCAGCACUCUCUUACAGACUAAGGUGGCUUUCGGCGACGCCGUCGUGAGCACCGUCGACACCUGUAUCGGUGUGGAGCUCUGUGAAGAGCUAUUCACUCCCGCGAGUCCCCAUAUCUUGAUGGGCCUCGAUGGCGUCGAGAUCUUCACCAACUCCAGCGGCAGCCACCACGAGCUCCGCAAGCUCUACCGUCGCGUCGAGCUCAUGAAAGAAGCAACCAUGAAGGCAGCCCCUCUCCUUCUCCCCUCAUCCCCUAACGGACUAAACCAGACUUCCUUACAGCUCGGCGGCAUUUACCUCUAUGCGAACCAACAGGGCUGCGACGGCGACCGGCUCUACUACGACGGCUGCGCGAUGAUCGUCGUCAACGGCCGCGUCGUCGCCCAGGGUUCCCAGUUCUCGCUCACCGACGUCGAGGUUGUGACCGCGACGGUCGACCUCGAGGACGUCCGCGCGCACCGCGCCACGAGCAGCCGGAGCAACCAGGCCGCCGCCGCGGAGCGCUACCACCGGGUCGAGGUCGACUUUGCGCUCUCGGGCGCACGGGAGGAGGGGGAUGACGUCCGCGCGUUCGCCGAACUCGUCCCGAGCGCGGCGCCGGAGGUGCGGUACCACCGCCCGGAGGAGGAGAUCGCUCUUGGGCCGGCGUGCUGGCUGUGGGAUUAUCUCCGGCGGUCACGCACGCAGGGGUACUUUGUUCCGCUCAGCGGGGGGAUCGACAGCUGCGCGACGUCGGUCAUCGUGUACUCCAUGGCGCGCUUGGUCGCGCAAGCUGCGUGCACUGGAGACCAGCAAGUGAUCUCGGAUGCUCGCCGGAUUGCUGGGGAGCCAGAGGAUUCGGCGUACAUCCCUGCAGACCCUCGCGAGUUCACGAACCGCAUCUUCCACACGUGCUACAUGGGCACCGAGAACUCUAGCCCCGAAACUCGCAAGCGCGCCAAAGACCUCGCAGAGGCCAUCGGCAGGCACGUCCCCUACCACAUCGACCUCAACAUGGACACGCUCGUGACCGCGAUCCGCGAGCUCUUCGCCUUCGUCACCGGGGUGAAGCCCCGCUUCCGCGUGCACGGCGGGACCGCGGCGGAGAACCUCGCGCUGCAGAACAUCCAAGCGCGCCUGCGCAUGGUCGUCGCGUACCUCUUCGCACAGCUCAUGCCGUGGGUCCGCGGCCGGCAGGGCGGGCUGCUCGUCCUCGGGAGCGCCAACGUUGACGAGAGCUUGCGCGGGUACUUCACCAAGUACGACUGCUCGUCGGCGGACGUGAACCCGAUCGGCGCGAUCAGUAAGACGGACCUCAAGAAGUUCAUUGCGUACGCGCGGGACGCUUUCGAGCUGCCCGUUCUGAACGAUUUCCUCGAGGCGGUCCCGACCGCCGAGCUCGAGCCUAUCACCGAGACCUACGUGCAAGCCGACGAGGCUGACAUGGGCAUGACUUACGACGAGCUCUCCGUCUUCGGCCGCCUGCGCAAAGUCGAGAAGGCCGGCCCGUGGAGCAUGUUCACGAAGCUCAUGCACGAGUGGGGUUCCUUCCUCUCCCCGCAGCAGGUCGCGGAAAAGGUCAAGCUGUUUUUCUUCGAGUAUGCGCGCAACCGGCACAAGAUGACGACCCUUACGCCGUCCUACCACGCGGAGCAAUACAGCCCAGACGACAACAGGUUCGACCUCCGUCCGUUCUUGUACCCGUCCCGCUUCCCGUGGCAAUUCAAGAAGAUCGACGAGGCUGCGGCGCGUUGGCCAGAUCGGUCGACGGUGUCUAUCAAGCAAGCACAGGAGGCGCAUGUUGUGCACUGA